AUGGAAGACUUAAUAGAAAAUCUAUAUAGUCGCCACUCUUUAGAUAAAAUUUUUGCACUCAAGGAAAUACAAAAACUUGUUGAAAAAAAUCAAAUUUCAUCUGUGCCGAACCCUACAAAAUUAUUUAAAGCACUUGAAAUCUGCUUGGAUCUUUCAAUGUCAACUGAUAUUCAAAAGCAUGCACUCAAUAUAGUAAACUCUAUCAUAAAUGUAAAACUUAUCUAGGACUUUGGGCCAGAUCUUGAAAUUCAUUUUAACCAGCUAAUUCCAAAAUUUUUAAGUCUUUUGCAUUAUCAAGAAAAUAAAGAAGAUGCAUUUUUGGCUUUAAAAUCGUAUAUCAAUCUAAGCUACAAUAUUGAGUAUGUGAUUGGUAUACUAAUAAAAGAAGAACUUCAAAGUGGCUCCUGGAGUAUAAGAAAAGAAGCAUUAAGAAAUUGGCUCUUUCGAACGAUAGAAGAUACGGUGUUUCCCUAAAAUCCGGAUAUAUUAUUUCAGUAAGUUUAUAGUUUCUAUAUAUCAUAGUUAUUCGGAUUCAUUGUUUCCUGCAAAUACUAAAAAUCAAAAUUAAAUUUACUAUUAAAUCAAACGGUAGAAAAAAAUUUUCCUGCUCAUUUAUACACAAGAGAGGCGUAUUCAUUAAAUUACAGAAUAUAUAGUCAUGAAAUAACGAACCUGUUCUUAUACUACGAGAAAUAUUCAGUCAUUUCAUGAGAAUAUAAGUCAUGAAAAUCUUUAAAAUAAGAGAAUAAGGAGUCUAACAGUAAAAAAUGAUGAAUGCUUAUAUUAUUAGUUUAAAUAAGUCAACGUGAUAUUAAUAUCAGAUCCAUUUGUUUCUUUAAAAACGAAAAAGUUUCGUUUUUUAAGGAAACAACGGUUUGAUAGAUAUGAAAAGAUAAUUAUGAAAACUGUAUUCCUAUGCGCAUUUUGAUGUCAAAUAUUCUUACAGAAACAUAUAACAAUACGCGCACAAGACUAUCAAAAAACCGGAGCAAAUGCAAGCAAUCUUUGCAGAUCAAUUUUCUGAUUUUAUAGACAUAUAAAUAAGAACCUUUUACAAACUGAAAAUACAAAUCUGUAUUUUCAUUAAAAUUACGAAUUAGUUCAUUCCCUAAAAUUUCCGGGAAUUGGAGCUCCUUAAAAAAAAAACUUUUUUUUAUGCUAAAUUUUUUGAACCCAUUUUUCAUAUUUCACAGUAUUAAUUGAAGAAUUAAGAGAAAUUACUAAUAUUUAGUAUUUCUAUUAAAGAGAGAACCCUUUCCAGCUUUCUAUUGCAAUCUAGUAGCCACUGAAAGUAGAAUACCACUCAAUAGGCUCAGAGUUUUACCUAUCAGCAUAUCUCCACGGGAAGAUAACCUUUAGGCGGAAAACACUCAGGAGCUGAUUUAGGGCGAGCGACGGCAACGCGCCGGGUGGGAGGUGCAAGCGACUGGAGACUAACGUUGAUAGAAGGCUUGCCGGUUAGCUGACCACGCGAUUCCAAGAUGGCUCCGUGACGUCACUAGUUUAGCUAAAAUUCCUUUAGGGCUGCGGCGCUAGACACCUUAAACACCUAAUAAUUAAGCAAUAAGUAAGUAAGUAAGAUAUUUUGUAUGUUUGCGCCAUUAUAUUUUAUAAUGGCGCGAAAAUUAUUAAAUAAUUUGCACAUAAAGUCUGCAACACCAUUUAAUACAGUAUUUUUAAAUUUUUGAUAUGUGGAGUGCAAUAUGGCUUAUUAAACCUGAGGAUUUUAUAGUAAAAUUUAUAGUAUUAUAUUUAUAUAUAAUGCUAACUAUAAUAUUAUUGUAGAACGUAUUUUUGGCAGGACUUCUACAAUAAUGUUUGCGUUAAUUUUAAUAGAUAUAUAAGAUAUUAAUUUAUUCAUAACUACUCAAGCAAGAUAAUUGCUAUCUAAGAAGCAGAUACAGUGAAAUAUGAAAAAUGGGUUCAAAAAUUUAGCAUAAAAAAAAGUUUUUUUUUUAAGGAGCUCCAAUUCCCGGAAAUUUUAGGGAAUGAACUAAUUCGUAAUUUAAUGAAAAUACAGAUUUGUAUUUUUCAGUUUGUAAAAGGUUCUUAUUUUAUAUGUCUAUAAAAUCAGAAAAUUGAUCUGCAAAGAUUGCUUGCAUUUGCUCCGGUUUUUUGAUAGUCUUGUGCGCGUAUUGUUAUAUGUUUCUGUAAGAAUAUUUGACAUCAAAAUGCGCAUAGGAAUGCAGUUUUCAUAAUUAUCUUUUCAUAUCUAUCAAACCGUUGUUUCCUUAAAAAACGAAACUUUUUCGUUUUUAAAGAAACAAAUGGAUCUGAUAUUAAUAUCACGUUGACUUAUUUAAACUAAUAAUAUAAGCAUUCAUCAUUUUUUACUAUUAGACUCCUUAUUCUCUUAUUUUAAAGAUUUUCAUGACUUAUAUUCUCAUGAAAUGACUGAAUAUUUCUCGUAGUAUAAGAACAGGUUCGUUAUUUCAUGACCUAUAAUUCUGUAAUUUAAUGAAUACGCCUCUCUUGUGUAUAAAUGAGCAGGAAAUUUUUUUUUCUACCGUUUGAUUUAAUAGUAAAUUUAAUUUUGAUUUUUAGUAUUUGCAGGAAACAAUGAAUCCGAAUAACUAUGAUAUAUAGAAACUAUAAACUUACUGAAAUAAUAUAUCCGGAUUUUAGGGAAACACCGUAUCUUCUAUCGUUCGAAAGAGCCAAGAAAUUUAGUUGUUUUGAUGGACCUUGAAACAGAUAUAUGGAGCAACCCUAAUUUAAUAGCAAAAAUCAUUGAAGCUGUUGUGAGGCUGUAUGAAGAUCCAUUCCAAGAUGUAUCUGAUGAAGCUUUAAGCACGUCUAAAGAACUGCUGGAAAAAAUCACCUGCCUUGAAAAAGCUCUAAAGAGGCUUAGCCCAUAUAUCAGGAAAUCUUUUGAAAAGCAUAUAGGAAAUAUUCCAGGAAUUCCUAAAAACAAUCCAAAUCUAGUUUUUGGAUUUAUACCAAAAGAUUUAAUGUCAAAAUUUUCAAUUGAUGAAAACUGAAGAGUUAAGGUUUCUGCUGUAGAAGAGCUCGAAUCUCUAGUCUCAUCAAUUUCGAUUUCUGAUGAUAUUUUACAUCACUUUUCUGAUUUUUUGGUGUUUUUAAGCCAGCUUUUAAAAGAAAGCAAUUUUAAAGUCGUGAUUUCAGCACUUAGCAUUGUGGAAAUGCUAUGUAAAAAAUCAAUAAUUUGUACAAAAGAACACAUAGAUGUUAUUGUCCCAUUAUGCAUAGAAAAGCUUGGAGAUAACAAAAUCGCAAUAAGACAAAUGGCAUCUAAAAUAAUGGCUUGUUUAUUGGAAAAAGUGAGGAGCUUUGAUGUUUUUCCUCAUUUAAUCAAAGAUUUACACAAUAGAAACUGGCAUAUAAGAGAUGAGUUUAAGCUAAAUUAUUUAAAGGCAGCUUUAGCCAUAUUGAUGACGCAGCCACCAAAGAUCUCCCAUACGGGAGGUUCUCUACCGCUCAAACUACUCCAAUCGCCUGUAGCAGGGCCGCAGAAAUCCAUAAGCCGCCCACGUCAAGACUGAAUCCGCAAAGCAAGGAUUAGACAGAAGGUGCUGGAAGCGGCACCCAUUUUCGGGGGAUAGACCCUCCAGGCUGGAGUUGAAAACUCUAAGAAUCAGCUCCUUGGAGUCUGUCGGGUGCCGAAGUGCUCCCCUCGAUAGCUACAGGAAAAAGACUGCUCCACUGUAGUAGAGGAAUGCCCAUGGAUCCUUGGAUCCAAAGGAUGUUGUCGGACACCUCCAUUUCCAACCACAGGAAGGCAUCCAAAACUACCCGAAUACACAUUACCUGAAGCUGCACUUGUUUCUCGACUAUAAGUCCGUCCCAGUUCACCAUGGCAAUAAGUUCUGGACCGUUUGCACCAAGCAGGCUGACACGUUUCGCCAUUUUAAUGUAUAUUAUAAGAGAAGAGGUAGUAACAGUUAUAAUAUUAGCAAUGCUGCGCAUGGUAAAUUAUGAUUAUUUGCAACUAAUCCCUUAUUUAACUAAACUUUUAGAUGACGAUAAAACUAAAGUCAGGCACGUUUCUACUGAAUCUUUAGCUGUAUUGUCAAGCAUCUGUGGCGAGCAAGCAGUUAUACGAGCUUUAGAGCCAAUAAUUGACAAUAUGGCAUUAAAAUCAUUGAUAGAAAGAUUUCGAUAUCCAGUACUUCCUCACUUAGAAGAAAACGCUGUAGUUUUUCCUCGAAUAGUUCCAUCAAGUGCUCCCAUCAUCAGCUCUCCUUAUAUUACCUCGUCUCCUUUUCCAAAUCCACAAGACACAAAGGAUUUUAAAAUCUAUAACAAUAUCAUGAACACUGAAGAAAUUUCUCCACUCCUCCCGCCUAUGGAAACCAGUGAAAAAGUAGCUAUAAAUGACUCAAAAAAAAGAAACUCAAGGAACAGCCAAAGCAGCUUAUUUUCUAUGAAAAUUGAAAGCAGGCCAGGGUUUCUAAAGCCACCUACUAUCCCUGUCAAUAUGAAUACUCGUGCAGCUGGGAUGCAAUUUUCAAAUAAUCAGAGCAAGUAUAAAACUAAGGAGUCACAAAAUUUGAUGAAUUUUCUUGCACCGACUGAAUCUUAUUUUAUUAAGUCUGCAUCUUUUAAUGUAUCCUACUCGGGUUGCCUCCUACUAACACUGUCACUGAUCUGGGGUUUCCAUAUUCUCACCAGGAAGGACUUUUGAGGGAGUCUCAAAAGGAGUCACUGGAAAGACGUCAACGCCAAAAUUCCGGCUACGGCAGGUCGCCCUGGCCUCGUACUACCAUACUCAACUUAACUAUGUUCCAGCUAAAGGUAAAACCUCCUUAGGUUGAUCGAGCAGAAAAGCACUAUGUCUUCCACUUCCCUACCAGAAGUCCACUCAUUGUCGGGCUCUCCUAGUAAAGAUGAGAUAGGAUUCGCUGUGAAAACUGAACCUCAUAAUCAAAAUAUUACUAAAAGAAGCAAUUAGCGGAGCUAAUUAAGCACCGACUGAAUCGCCAACAAAGAAAUCAAAUAAAUCUUUUCAGGAUCCUCCAGUAUUAUCAACACAAACUGAUGAAUCCGAACAACAAGUUUAUUUAUCUGAACAUGAGCUAGAGCCACUAGCAGACCCAGGAAAUGCUAUAAGUAUUUGUAUGAAUACCGCUGAUGACUGGGCAGCUCAAUUUGACACGAUUAAUUUAUUAAGAAGACUUACAAAGCAUCAUGGAGAAGUAUUAGGAGCAUCAGGCAUGCUUCAUCAUCUAAUAAUCCAAGCUACAAACUGGGCUUAUUCUUUAAGGUCUUCCUUAUGCAAAAACUCCUUAAUCUUAUUUGGCGAGAUGUGUGAAAAAAUUCCAAUGUUCAUCGAAACUGAGCUAAAAACUAUCGUUUCCUGCUUAAUGAGAAAAUCAUCUGACUCCAAUAGUUUCAUCUCCGACCAAGCAACCGACUCAUUAAUUUCCAUGGCCAAAUACUGUAACGUCUCUAAAGCUUUAUCAGCCGUCAUAAAUUUUGCAUCUACCUCAAAAGCGACUUUGGUAAAAUCAAGAGCAUCACUCUGCUUUCAAAAAAUUUUCGAAAGAAGUAAAGAAAAUGUGUCGAAAAUAAAAGAGCUUGACAGGGCAAUUCAGCUACUGGCCACUUAUAUCUAUGAUGCUUCAUCUAGUGUGCGAGCAGCUGCUAAAGAUGCACUGCAAGCUCUUGGAAGUGAAUUGGAUCGGCUUUUAAUGAGAUGCUUAAGUGAAGAGGAUUACAGAAAAGCUAAAGAGCAAUUAGAGAAAAAAAGGGGAAGAACUCCAAGAAGGAUUUUGAGAAGUGCUGAGCCUGGGUAUUUGCAAGAAUCAAGAACACCAUCACAAACAAGAUCAUUUAGAGUUAGAAACAGCCCAGCUAGAGACAAAGGAAAUAGUGCAACACCUGAGCCAAGCCAUAUAGAGAAGUACGCGAAGUUUGGAUCGUCAAGGAUUAUUCGAUAA